AAAAAAAGUGUGUCAGCUCUGACGCAUAACUAGAGUUUACUCUUUAUGAACAUGAAAGAUUAUAAAAUACAUGUUUAUUUUUACGGGCACCUGGUUUUUUUUUUAACAUAGAAAAUUAAAAACUUUAACUCUUUCAAAAUUUGUUUCGUUUUUAAUUCUAUUGUUUACCAGAUUUAUAGAUAAAAACCGAAUUUACUGGAAAGAAAUCGUGGAAAAUUAAUGUUUUUAGUAACAUUCUUAACUUUUGAAGUUCAACAAAAUUUUGUAUUGACCAAAAAUCUUGAAUUGAAAGUUCCUAUUUAACGUGUAAUCGUGUAAAAAUUCUUGGCCAAGAAUCUGGUCAAAUUCUGGUCACAGACUUGUCCAAGUCUGCCACCAGUUUGGAUAAAGAAUUGGUCAAGAAUUGUCCAAUUCUUUUCAAAGUGCUUCUCCAAGUAUCUUGACAAAGAAUAUUGUCCAAUUCCAUUGCUACUAGGGUAGUAGACUAGACAAAAAUAUGGAUUUUGUUUGUUUAAGGCGAGUGCACAGGGCAUGAAUGAUACCAAGCAUCCAAAGACAGUUACCAACAUGGCAAAACACGCGUCAAAAUUGACAGUACCGUUAAAAUUUCGACCCCCCAAAAUUUCAGUGCGGAAACGAUGACUUGCUGCUGCCCCGAGUGCUACUCGAACAUCUACCACGGCGAAUGCUGCGAGUGCUACCAGACCGAGCCGAUAUGCUGCUACUGCGAGAAAAACUGCACGCAAAAGGGGCUGUUUACGAUCGCGUGGAGCGCCGAAACGCCCUGCUGCAACCCGGGCAGGGCCUGCGGCAUAGAGCUGGAGCUGUGCGACACGCCGUCCAACAUCGAGCAAAAGUGUCAGGAGCUCAAAGAGUGGCUGAAUUGCCCCCCCAUCAACGACAUGUGCGAGUGCAAGUUGAAGGUCAACGAGUUCAACUGCCCGAACAUCGUGAAGCAGUUGAAUUGCCCGCAAUGCAAGCGGUACGAGUCCAGUACUACUGAGAACGCCAGUGGCGACAGGGACGACGAUUAUUCCGUGGCCAGUCCCGAGACCGUAAAGGAGACCAGGCAGUUUCUUAAUAUAACGUCCAACGUGGAGUUUAUAGGCGAGAAUGCUACAAGUGAUGAAGACCGACGCGAAGAAAAACUUAUCUCGGAGUGUGAGCUGACUGACAACCAAAUAGAGGACCAAAAUGAUUAUCAAAACAACGGAAAAGAUGACAAACAAAAUUAUACCAGAAAUGGGGAUGAUAAUAACGGAAAAGAUAACCACAACUAUAUUAGGAAUGAAGAUGAUCAAAAUACCGCAAAAGACGACAAACAAGACUUGCUGGACAAAAUUAUGGCCGCCACGAAGAAACUCCUCGAAGCCCAAAUUCUCUUUAAAUCCCCGGAGGGUGAGGUGGAGAAGAUCAUGACCGGCAAAAGAGUAAGUAGAAAAUCAAAAGCGUACGAAAAUAAAAAGCUGGAAAGCAUAGCCAUUGCGAAUAGGUACCACAGACCAAGCCAAGCUCUUAAACCCGGUUUUGGUGGUAAAAAAUCAGUAGUUGAGGAAAGUGACAAGGAACAAAAAGAAAAACUACUGAAUAAAAUUUUAAAAGCGACCAAAGAUUUGCUGAGCUCUCACUUGAACUGCCCGAAAAUGAGCAUGGAGAAGAUAAUGCAAGACAGCAAAUCCUGCCUGAAGAUAUGUUUUAAACAGGAAAAACCACCGCAAACCGUCAAUAAAUCGAAAAGCGAAAACAGCCUGAACGAAACAAGGAACAACAUCACCAUUUUGUUCACUUGCCCUUGCGAAUGCGCGACAGACCAAAGAAAAAUCCAGUUCAACGGUCAAAAAUUCGACUUGAAAGCGGACAAUUUUCAAACAAUCAAUGAAGAUGUUAAAGAAUGUGAAGGAAACAACCGUAACGUCCCAGUUAAUAGUCUUUGCGUGAUGGGCGCACCAAAACUUCCGAAAAAUCUGGACAAAAUCACAAUAAACCCAUUGAACGGAGAACCCAUCAACAAAGACAAGAUUGUACUUUUGGUGAGCUGUCCUUGCGAAAAUAUGCCGGAUAAAAAUAAAUACAAUGUUGACAAUAAGGAUGUAUACAAGAUCGAAGAAUUCGCAGUGGCUAAAAAGGAUGAAAUCGCUGAUUCCAAAGUGGAUAAAACAAAUACAGUUUUUGAAGAUCAACAGGAAUAUCAGACACGAGGGCAAGACGAAGAAAACAAUCAAGAGCUAAAUCAGAACCAAGCACAAGAGGAAGAAAACAAUCGAGAGGAAAAUCAGCAGCAAGCACAAGAGGAAGAAAACAAUCGAGAGGAAAAUCAGAAGCAGGCACAAGAGGAAGAAAACAAUCGGGAGGAAAAUCAGAAUCAAUUACAAGAGAAAGAAAACAAUCAGACACAAAACUCGUUCCCGAUGUUGGCUGACGAUCCCUCGGAAGUUAAAAACCCAGAAUAUAAAAAAGAAAAAACUAGCAGUAGCAGCGUGGAUUCGGAGUUGGUUCGUUUGAAAAAGCACGAAAAAAUGGACCCUAAAGUGCUGAGACAAAGAAUACGGCAAGCGAAUGCCAAAAGGAAAGAAGACAUUAAGGCGGCAGCCGAAACAUUGGACCGAAUGGAGAGCGAAAAAGAAUUGGCCAACCACAUGGGCAAUACAUAAUACGACGUCACUCGCAUGAGUGAUUUUUAGUUUUUGUUCUUGUUAUUUGUACCUAUAUGAUGAA